GUGACAGUUUCACGCGCCCUGAAAUCGCCUUGGACUCGUAUAAAAGGGCGUCGCAUCUCAGGGUUUCUUCGCAGUGCUCAACCAUGAGGACCGACUUCAGCACCCAGCAGCAUCUCAUCCACACAAUCGUUCUUUUGUGUCUGGUGGUCGCCCUGGCCUCCUGCGAUGGUUUCCGGCUGAGCUCAGAUCCACUGGAGGACGGGCUCCUCCUGGGUCUGGAGGGGUUAGGGGACGACCCUCUGGCGGCGAAGAGGGGGGAACCAGAGGUGACUGGGAUGUGGUUCGGACCUCGACUGGGACGAAGAGAGAAACGUUCAGUCGACGACUUCCCGGAAGACGUGGCCGACAUCAGGGUGGAGGAGGUAAUGGAACUACUCAAGGACACUCCGUGGGCCCUGCUUCCUCUCAGAGGAGGCAAGAGGCACAUAGAAGGCUUCGUCCCUCGUCUGGGUCGUGACUCCAAUGAGGACGAAGACGCCGACAUGAUGGAGCAGAGGUCGCCGCCGUUCGCCCCCAGACUGGGGCGUCGCCUGGUGCCCUUCAGACCGCGGAUGGGGCGUGAUCGCCUGCCCCACGACGUCUACUCCCCCCGCCUGGGACGCAGCGUACCCCACGAGAAGAAGCAGACACCCCCACAUCACUAGUUAGCCCUUCUGUAACCUGGACGUCGUAAUAAAACCGCUUACACUCACUAAUCACCACUAGUCUAUCGCCUUCCAGACCUCGGCGCGCCGAACUCCUUCCUGAUGUCUGUCCUCUGGGUGGUAACGACGUGUGGACUUGUAGGAGACACCGUAUUCGUACGAAACGUCGGUACCUACCUAAACGUCCACACGGAUUUGCGACCCAGAAUACCAGCACCGAAUGCAUCUCUGAACUGUGUGACAUAAACAACAGUUACGAACAACGCAAGAAUCUUAAAAUCCGUAUGAAGAAAUUGCUUGGCAGACAGAAACUUGUAUGUUCAAACGAAACAAAAAUAAAUUUGAAAAAAAAAA